CCGGAAACCGCGCGCCUUGGCACCGCCCCCUCGGGACCUGAUUGGCUACGGGGCGACCGCUAACGGCCGCGCAGUUUAAAUGGGUGCGGGGCCCGACGGCGCCCGGGAGCCGGGGGCUGCGCCGCGGAGUGCGAUGGAGUCUCCGGGGAUGAGGCCUGACUUGGUGACCUCCGCAAUCAAGAGGCGUGUGAAAGACAAGAGAGCUUCGAAGACUACCUUGAAUGUUUCUCUUGCUUCAAAAAUCAAAACAAAAAUAAUAAACAAUUCUUCUAUUUUCAAAAUUUCCCUAAAGCAUAACAACAGAGCAUUAGCUCAGGCUCUCAGUAGAGAGAAAGAGAACUCUCGAAGAAUUGCAACUGAAAAGAUGCUAUUGCAAAAAGAAGUGGAGAAACUCAAUUUCAAGAAUACCUUUCUCCAACUAAAGCUGGAUAACUUGAAUAAGAAGCUUAUAGAAAUAGAAUCACUCCUGAGCAAUAACUUGAUAACUGCUAUUGAGAUGAGCAAUCUUUCUGAGUUCCAUCAGAGCUCCUUUCUGCCGUCCACUGGCAAGAAGAAACGACCCAGCAGACAGUGCGAGCUGACACGUCUUCCAUUCGCAAGGGUUCCAUUACCUUCAAAUGAUGAUGAUGAUGAUGAUGACAAAGAGAAAACACCGAGGGACAGCAGUGUUGCGCCGAGGGUGUCACCUGACGCUCCGUCUUCAGGAUCUGUAAGGCAGUCUGCACCAACUCAGCGUACUGUGGACACGUUAUUUCUUAAAGAAAACAGUUGGAACAUGCAAGGUCCGGAGGAUGCAGAGCAUGUUUCUUCUAGUGUCACUGUACCUUCCAAAGAGAGCCAUUCCCACUUAGACCGAAGUUCCCAGCAUGCUGUAGUGGAUGAGAUGACCAGUGACCUGUGCAGCAGCCAUGGGAGGGAGAAGCUGUCCCUGAGUAACGUGACAGCGAGGAAGAAGCGCGGGUCGUGCUGGGCCUCGGGCAGCCCUCCUGCAGGUGUGCCCUGCAGGGCAGGCUCGGGGCAGCAGCGGAGUUUGAGUCCAGCCUUGGGCUGGGGAAUGGAGACGAAGGACUGUGCUAAUGGGAAAAGCAUCACAGUGCCCGGAAACCCGCCAGGCCUUGCUGGCCCGCAGGACCCUCCUGCACCUUGCGAGAAGCCUCGCACAGACAGCGCAGGGCACGUGCAGGGUGGUGGGGACCCCCAGGGACAGGCGACCGUGUACGGAGCUGACAUGGAGCUCACAGCCACCGAUGCCAACACAAUCAUCACCGUUUCCCGGGGCAGCAGGCGUACGAGCAAUAAGAAGAUGAGUGAUUCUGAAGGCCAGGCGCUCAGGAAGGUGAGAGACCGGAGCUCUGAGACAAAGAGAGAGAGGCCAAAGAAAAGAUGUAAAAUGAGCGCAGGCGUGGACGCCGAGGGGCAGGCUGAAAGUGGACCGGAGGGAAGCUGUGCGCUCACAGGUGGCAGGGGGGACUCGGGAGACGCCGAUUCUGUUCCCAGUGCUGCACAGCUGCCUCCAGCAAAGCCACUGAGGAAAACGACCCUUCCUCGGGGCUCUGGCCCAGCGGACGGGCACGGUGCCCAGUGCAGCAGAGAGGAGGAAGGCGAGUCUGUGGGCGGCGAGCAGGGGCUGGCGUCCUCUUCCUCCCCCCGUGCAGGCGGGGCCACCCGAGCAGGAGGCGUGCACCAGCCCCAGAACGGGAUCCCACGAAGUAAAAGUAAAGCUUCCAGGCAGACAUUUGUGAUUCGCAAGUUAGGAAAAGAUUGCUUAUUCCCAAACCAAGAGGGUAUAGAAACCGUUCCUGGAAACCUCGAAGUUGCACAUGAAUUUCAGACAGCUGAUCUUUCCUCCAAAGAAAAUGAAAACUUACGUGCCUGUGAGACCCAGAACAUGGUGACGAUGAAAACGUGUGUCACUGAUAGGCAGCCUGCCCAGCAGGGUCCAUCAAAAGUCAGCAAGCUUAAGCAGAAAGUAAACAGAAAGACAGAAAUAAUUUCUCAGGUAAACCAGAGGUAUGAGGACAAUGGUCAGGAUGUGCAUGCCUCCCAACAGAGGAGCAUCUUCUUCCAACCCCAAGUGGGUAAAGAGACUGUCUCUGGAAACCUAGGCGUUUCAGAAGACUUUCAGAUACUCAGUCCGUUCAUGAGAGAUCAUGGAAACCUAUGUGAUCAUGAGACCCAGAACUUCCUGGAUUUGCACAAUCCAGUCACCCCCAUGUACCCUGUUCAGCAAAAUGAGUCCAGAAUUAAUAAGAAGCUUAGGCAGAAAGUAAAUCGGAAGACACAGAUAAUUUCUGAAGUGAAUCAUUUUGAUGACAAAAGCUGGUGUUGCUCAGAAAAAGGGAACUCUACCUUUCCCCAGAAAGGGAGAGAAACCAUCCCUGGGGACCCGAAAGACUUGAAUGAAUUUCAGCCCCCUGCUCUUCCCACCUGGGACAGUGGGCAGCUGUGUGCUUACGAAACUCAGAACAUUUCAGCAGUGAAAAAGCAGAUCCGUGGUGUGCAGACAGCGUGUCAGAAUGAUUCCGAAGCAAGGAAGCUUAGAGGAAAGGGUCAUCAAAGUGCAGAAAUAAUCUCUGAGCCCACCCGCAGCUGUGUGAGCAGGGGCCAAGGCCUGCAGGCGCUAGAACAGGAUAACUUUGCUUCUCUCACCCAGAAAGAUGCCGAAAUCAUUUCUGAGAACUCAGAAGUCACACGUGAAUUUCAAACAGUUGAUCUUCCCACCAAAGAUCAUGGAAGUUUAUGUGACUACGAGACCCAGAAAAGCUGUGUCACCAGUGUGCAACUUCCUCAGCAAAAAGAAUCAAAAACAAGUAAGAAGCCUAGGCAGAAAGUAAAUCGGAAGACAGAGAUAAUUUCUGACAUGAUCCAGGUGUGUGAGGGUAUCGAUAAUGAUGUACAUGGCCAGAAAAGCUACUCAGAAGAUCUCGAUUUUAAAGUCAGUAAAUCGGAGCCAAGACUCGACCCACAAGGCCUUGUCGGCGAAUCCUGUGUGGAGAUCCACCAUGAUGUGGUUCCACAUCCGUCUAAACUGGUUAAGAAGCACAGGAGGAAGUCAUCAGGCAAGGCAAGGAGCACUUUGAGAAGAGCUCAGAGCACGCUGCCUUUGCCAUCGGCCGGUUCUUCACAGACCCCCGCCACCUCGGAGGCCAGCGGGCCGCACCGCAGCAGUGGGCCCCAGUGUACCGCUCAGGGCCCGGCUGCACAGCCUGAGCCUCAGAGGCCGCGCCCCGUAACUCCAGACACAAAAGGCGACGUUCCCUGGGUGGAAGCGAGGAAAGCCGGGCAGUGCCAGGCCACAGAGGUGACCAGGGCGACACCCAGAGCCAAGCGGGGGAAGACCUCCACAGCGCGUCCUCCGCGCUCCAAGGGAGCCUUGGCCCUCACGCCCCUCGCUGCUCACAGGAGGCCUGCUGGCGGUGAGCACGCGGACCAGGAAAACGGGGGCGGGAGCGACAGGAGUGUCGGCGCCCAGCUGGACUGUUACACGAAAGUGCUUCCGCCGUUUUCUCAGAUACACCCGCCUCCUGUGCAGCGCUCCUCUGAUGGUGUCUCUGAGGGUUCAGCGCCUGAGAGUGUUUCUUCUAGUAAAAUCCUGGUCAUCAAAGACCACUCUGCCCCUGAGCUCUCGCCCAACCGUCAGGGCCGAGGUGACGGGCACGAGAAGACAAAGGAGGUGCGAGCCAGUGUGGGCCGGAGAGCCCAGAAGCCCGAGGCAGGUAACAGAACAUUACAGGACUUGACAAACACCAGCUUCUUUCCAAGGAACACCGCGAAGUCUGCGUGCCAGUCAGGAGAGGGGCCUUCCCCGCCACCGAGCAAGAAACGGAGGUGCACGCCGCUCAGCCUGAAGGAGCCCAGUCUCAAAAGGAAGAUGCGGAGAUGAAGCGAAGGCGGGUUCUGGUUUUCGUGGGUGCUCACGAACAAGAAGUCAGCACAGAAACACGCCCAGCACCGCGGAGAGGGAGCCCUGAGGGAAGGCUCUCUUUUCUCCUCUUCUUUGGCCUUUUCUUGGGGGGUUGAUUUGGUCACUCUUUUUGUUAUUUGUUCAUUCUUAUAUUUAGAUAUAUGUACAUAAAAUAGCUAUUUUUGCAAUAUGAAACUUAUAAUUUCGUUCCUAUAACUUCCUUCUUGCUCAUUUAAGCUCCUUCCUAGGUCACAUCCUUUCACCAAACAAGAGCUGUUCCCCUUUUAACCACAUGUUGUAAUAAAUACUGCUGCACUGGUUAUGUUGUACGCUG